CGUGCGCGAGACGCUGGUAGUUUUUAUUUGGUCAUCGCCGCCGUUAAAUCCUCAAGUAAAUCAUCAUCCAGCGAUCAUAAACUGUAUUCUUUAGCUCAAAAUAACAUGUAUCUAUUAAACAACACGACAGAUGUCGAGUAAAAGCAGUUUCUGAGGAUAUCAAAACAACUGCGCACAGACUAAUAUUGCUGUUUGAGUUUGUGGGAGACUGAUGUAAUCGUGUGUUGUUGUUUUGUUUGUGUGUGUGUGUGUGUUGAUCAUUAUGACAGAUGUAUGUGUGAAGUGGUCAUGUGAGUACUGCACAUACGAGAACUGGCAGUCGGCCAUUAAAUGCACCAUGUGCCGGGCGCAGAGGCCUAUGGGAAGCAUCAUAACAGAGGAAGUGUUCUCAGGUGACACCGGCAUGCGCUCUGGACCCCAGAGGGACACAGUAUGUUGUGACAGUCACCUGCUCAUCUGUCCCGAUUCCAGCGCCCGGCCCCGCAUCCACCCCGUAGAGUCCUCCAGACGCAGCGGUGAAUGGUCAUGUGAAGCGUGCACCUAUCAGAACGGACCCAGAGCGGUCCGCUGCAGUCAGUGUCAGAGCCUCUGCCCGCACAGCCCCACCGACAGCCCACAGACAUCAGGAACAGUCAGACGCCCCGCCACCGCAUCCCACACGGACCCCUGCGAGGAGUACAACGACCGGAACCGAGCCAACACACGGGUACAGUGCUCGACCUGCACGUAUGAGAGCUGGCCCAAAUCCCCUUACUGCGUGGUGUGUGACCACCCCAGAUCCAACAGUGCCAUCCAGCCGUCUGAGCUCGAUCAGCCUGCGCCUGUGAUCAAUGAACGGGGCGGCGGGCGGUGGAGUGAGGCUGAGCUGCAGAUGACGCUGACCGCAGGAGCUCAGAGCGGUAAGGAGGAGAUAGAGAGGGACCUGAAGAAGGUCAAACAGAUGAAGAACCGCAUGAGGAGGACGGAUGGGCUCUUUCUCAACGCCUGCACGGGUGUAGUUGAAGGAGAUCUGGCCGCAGUAGAGGCUUACAAGUCAUCGGGUGGAGACAUCGCUCGUCAGCUGAACUCUGAUGAAGUGCGUCUCCUCGAUCGGCCCUCAGCUUUUGAUGUCGGCUUCACACUCGUUCAUCUUUCCAUCCGUUUUCAAAGACAGGACAUGCUGACGCUCCUGCUGACGGAGGUGUCACGGCAGGCGGUGAAAUGCAUCCCUGCAAUGAUUUGUCCUGAACUGACGGAACAGAUCCGCAGGGAGAUCAGCUCAUCCGUGCGCCAACGCAAAGGAGAUUUGAACUGUUACUUCCUGACAGAGCUGGUGACGUUCACACUGCCAGCAGAUAUUGAAGAUCUGCCCCCCGCUGUUCAGGAGAAACUGUUUGAUGAGCUUCUGGACCGUGAUGUUCAGAAAGAGCUGGAGGAGGAGUCUGCCGUCAUUAACUGGUCACUGGAGUUUGGCAAUCGUCUGUACGCUUUGUGGAAUCGCACCGCUGGAGACUGUCUGCUGGACUCUGUCCUACAGGCCACAUGGGGCAUUUAUGAUAAAGACUCCGUGCUCAGAAAAACACUACACGAUAGCUUACACACCUGCUCACACUGGUUCUACACGCGCUGGAAAGAAUGGGAAUCAUGGUAUUCUCAGAGUUUUGGCCUUCACUUUUCUCUCCAAGAGGAACAGUGGCAGGAGGACUGGACCUCCAUCCUUAAUCUUGCCAGUCAGCCCGGGGCCAGUUUGGAACAGACUCAUAUUUUUGUUCUGUCUCAUAUUCUGAGGCGGCCCAUCAUCGUUUACGGUGUGAAAUACUACAAGAGUUUCCGUGGAGAAACGUUAGGCUACACUCGAUUUCAAGGUGUUUACCUGCCGUUGCUAUGGGAACAGAGCUUUUGCUGGAAAAGUCCGAUCGCUCUCGGUUACACGAGAGGUCACUUUUCUGCUCUGGUUGGCAUGGAAACCGACGGCUAUGAUAAUCGCGGCGCAGGCGCCAACCUCGACGCCGAUGAUGAUGUCACUGUGACUUUUCUUCCACUGGUGGACAGCGAGAGGAAACUUCUACAGAUCCACUUCCUGUCUGAACAAGAGAUGGGCAAUGAGGAUCAGCAGGAGCGUCUGCUCCGUCAGUGGCUGGAUUGUUGCGUCACUGAUGGUGGGAUGUUGGCAGCUCUGCAGAAGAGCAGCAGACACAGACGUCACCCGCUCGUCACACACAUGCUGGACAAAUGGCUGGAUGGAUACAGACAGAUGCACUUGUGUCCUGUGCACUCCGACGAUGAUGACGAUGAAUAAUCUUGUCCUUAUGGAGGGAAUGACCCCAAACAUUUCAACAGACUCGCAGAAUGCAGUGCAGCUCCCCUAAAACCACAGCAGCUUCUAGCGAGGGAUUAAAAUACUUUAAUUAUUUGUGUAAUGCAGACGAGAUGGAUGGAUCAAAUGUUAAAUAUACAGUAAGCACUUACGCAAAGCACAUGUUCACAUGUUUAUUCUUUAGAGAGUUUGUGUUUGCUCAGAUAAAACACAGAUGAACACAUGUUGUAAAACAUGUUCUAUAUGAAGAUGUGUGUUUCAUAAUCUUCAGUAGUACUGUCAGCUGCUCGAGUGUGUGUUUGUGUGUGAUGAUGCAAGAGAUGAAUUACACUAUAAAACUGAAUGUUUAUCUGUA